AGUAAUUAAUUCUCUUAAGUGAACUUCGAUUCGUUAUAGAAACAGUUAAAGGAAACGUUCACGUGCAUACAUUAAAAUAAUCAAAUAUUCUUAUCUAGAAAAGGUUCAGUUAAAGUUUCAAAUAUCUUCGUUCACAUUUAUCAUUCACGUGUAAACAUCCCUAAAGUGGCCCGCGAGUCACGUGCUCUAGUGAGAUAAUCAGUCACUCCUGGAGCUUCCCUGGAAGUGUUCUAAUAUCCUCUAUUCUUUCAUACCCAAAUUAUUAAUUCGACUAAUUCUUAAAUGGUUAUAAGAAAAUUACUUUAAAAUACUUUGUUUAAAUUUCAUAUUUUACAUUAUGAAAUUUUGCUAUAGAAUUCCGUUCUAAGAAUUUUUUUACUGUUCCUAAUUUCCCUAUUGGAUUUUCCUGUUAGAUAGCAGAAACUGUCCACGCCGUGACGUCACUGAUAUGCUAAGUUUGAAUGUUCUGAAUUACCCAGUGUUCAUUCGUAGUAUUGGUAGAUAUGAAUUGUUAUUAGAUUCAGUCCUGGGUGAUUUUUGCUUAUAUCAUGGACGGUCAAGAUCUGCCUGAUAUCUUGGAAACAUUAUUAUUUACAGAUGAAAUAGAAGAAACUGAAUUGAAAUCAAUGUCACUUAUCAAUCGCAGAAAACUCCUAAGGCGAACGAGAUCUUUGAAUGCUCCUAGCCCUAUCUAUCACUUCGGACCAUGUGGCCGUAUUAUGAAAAAUUCAGCCAUGGUGAUGACCAUUCAAGAUCCUGCCAGUCAACGACUGACGUGGAACAAACCACCUCUUACUGUUCUAGUGAUUAAGAAAGUCCAUGACACAUCAGUUAUUCAACCAUUUAUUGAUUUAGUAAAAUGGCUCUUAUAUGAAAAACAUAUGGUUGUAUUUGUUGAAGCUUCUGUUCUUGAAGAUGUUCAUCUUCUUAGUAACCAAAUGUUCAUCCCUAUUAAGGAUAAAUUAUCAACUUUCAAAGAAGGUACUGAUGAUCUCACAGACAAAAUUGAUUUCAUUAUAUGUCUUGGAGGAGAUGGAACACUUUUAUAUGCUUCUUCUUUAUUUCAGCAAAGUGUUCCUCCUGUCAUGGCUUUCCAUUUGGGUUCUUUAGGUUUCUUAACUCCUUUUGAAUUUGAUAAUUUUCAAGAGCAAGUCACUAAUGUGUUAGAAGGACAUGCUGCCUUAACAUUAAGGAGUCGACUCAGAUGCAUCAUUGUUCGUAAAUCUGAUGGCAGUGAAAAAAGUAAUAAGCCAUUAACAAAUUUUUUGGUGUUAAAUGAAGUAGUAGUUGAUAGAGGACCAUCACCUUACUUAUCCAAUAUUGAUCUCUAUUUAGAUGGAAAACAUAUCACAACAGUACAAGGUGAUGGAUUAAUAGUUUCCACGCCAACUGGCAGCACAGCUUAUGCAGUUGCAGCUGGUGCAUCCAUGAUUCACCCAAGUGUACCUGCUAUCAUGGUUACUCCCAUUUGUCCUCAUUCAUUAUCAUUUAGGCCUAUUGUUGUUCCAGCAGGAGUAGAAUUGAAGAUUAUGGUUUCGCCUGAUGCUAGAAACACUGCAUGGGUCUCUUUUGAUGGCCGUCAUCAGCAAGAGUUGAAGAUGGGCGAUAGUUUAAGAGUGACCACUUCUAUAUAUCCUGUUCCUUCCAUAUGUGCUCAGGAUCAGAUCAGCGAUUGGUUUGAUAGCUUAGCUGAAUGUCUACACUGGAAUGUUCGCAAAAAACAAAGACAAUUUGACGAGUAUUCUGAUCUAGUUCACAGCUCUAGUAAUGACACUAUUGAUUCCCUUGACAGACAUGGUCAGAUAGAUAGCUAGAAAAUUAUAUAAAAAGCAAUUUUAAGGACUUAAAGUGCCUUUGAAGCUUAAUAUCCAAGUGGAAAUAAAAUCUUUAAUACUCUUUGUAAGGAAAAUUCAAAAUGUCGGGUCCAUUCUAGAAAUCUCUGCCAAACUACAACACAGAUGAUGGAACUCGAGCAGACCGAAUUAUCAUUGCUAGUGGCAAUGGGCAGAAUCUUUUGAUAUCAUAUAUGUUCUUGAAAAUAACAAGAACUACUUGCCACAGCUUGAAAAUAUUGAUUGCUACAGCUGAUGUGAGGUUACUUAAUAUAUAUUAUAUUAUGUAUAGAUAUAUACAUACAAUAUAUAAAUGUGUGUAUAUGGAUUUAUCAAUCCUUAACAAACUCAUAUGAAAUGUAAUAUAGUGAUAAAUUAUUUAUUGUUCUAUUUAAGAACAUAUAAUAAAAUGUUCUGUUUUAUUUUGUUAAGAAAAAGAUAUUGCAGAAAGUAUACUUAAUAUAAAUUUAAAAAUCAAAAGAAAAAAAAAAGAAAAACUUCACCAUAUUACAUAUUUUUAAUUAUAAAAUGGACUGUCAAAGCAAAAGUACAGGGCUGAAGAUUACUGUGAUUUGUUGAAACAAUUAAGAAGCUUGUUGAUGUUGUUAAUUUACUAUGUAUAUCUGAACAAAUAAUUCCAAUGUAAUCAUUUUAUAUGUUGUUGUUGUAUGUGGAUGAUAAUCAUUUAAAGUCUAAAUCAGUGAAUUAAACAUUAUUUACAAGUAUACAUUCCUGGCUUAGAAACAGUUUCCUAUUUUGUAUAUAGAUUUUCUUGCAAAUGUUUCGAUAGAAAUAAAUAUAUUGUUUAUAUAA